AUGCCUUCCUCACCGCGAGGUCCUUCCCGGCUCGGGAUGCUUCCUUCCUUCAUGACCAAUUGUGGUCAGGUUUUGGAAUACAUUCAAGACCGUCUAUACUUAGCUUCUUAUGAGAACCCGCCUGAUGAGAAUACGCCUUUCCCGUAUCCCAAAGAAAAGAAAUCACCCGGAAAGCGCUCAAAGCAAACACCCGUUGCGACACCUCCUCCUGCGGGCAGCGCAAAAGGCCAUGCACCCGUCUACUUCACGGUUGACUACACACUCUACUACAAUUCUUUCCAUGCCGACUUUGGCCCACUGCACAUCGGGCACCUUUACCGCUUUGCAGUACAGUUGCACGAUAUUCUCGGGGACCCUGCAAAUAGCGAACGGCCCGUUGUGCUUUGGAGUAGCCCCGACUCGCGAAACCGAGCAAAUGCUGCAUGCAUCUUGGCUUGCUAUAUGGUUCUUAUUCAGAAUUGGCCUCCCCAUCUUGCUCUUGCACCGAUAGCGCAAAUGGAUCCUCCCCCAAUGCCUUUCCGCGACGCAGGUUAUAGCCAAGCAGACUAUACGCUGAGCAUCCAGGAUGUUGUCUAUGGUGUUUGGAAGGCAAAAGAGGAAGGGCUUUGUGGCCUGAUGGAAUUCAGUCUUGAGGAAUAUGAGAAAUUCGAACGAGUUGACAUGGGAGAUUUCAAUUGGCUCACCCCCUCCUUCUUGGCCUUUGCAUCCCCUCAGCAUUCACCAACAGCGCCCAUCCCGCCAUCCUCGCCACUCUAUGCGAAGCUGCCCACUAGUGUCUCAGCUGUAAUGGCUUCAGACCUACCCGUUUCAUUCAAAAAUGUGCUCUCACACUUCGCCACUCGGGACAUUGGACUGGUAGUCCGUCUCAAUUCGGAGCUCUAUUCUCCAUCCUACUUUACAGCGCUGGGAAUAAACCACUUGGACAUGAUAUUCGACGAUGGCACUUGCCCACCCCUACCUCUGGUGAAGAAAUUCAUCAAGUUGGCGCAUGAAAUGAUCAAUGUUAAGCAUAAGGGCAUUGCUGUGCAUUGCAAGGCGGGACUCGGGCGGACUGGUUGCCUCAUUGGAGCGUAUCUAAUUUACCGCCAUGGCUUUACAGCCAAUGAGGUCAUUGCUUUCAUGCGAUUUAUGCGCCCUGGAAUGGUGGUAGGCCCACAGCAACACUGGCUCCAUCUCAACCAAGGCACAUUCCGAGAGUGGUGGUGGGAGGAUUCAUACAAGGAGAAGCUCGCUGCGAUGCUGCCGUCUACACCUACAAAGUCCUCCCAGAAGCAGCGCAUGAGAAGUCAAGGACCGACGGCAACCCCUGUCAACUCAAAGCGAGCCGCUCUUGGAGAGAUUGACAGCAAUGAAUCGAGCGUGGCAACUCAGGAUGAGAACCUGCCCGCUCCUACACCUGGGCAGCCGCGCAAGGGUAGUCGAUCUCAUGAACCCCGGCACCAUCCCUACUCUCGUAAAAUCUCCGGCGUCUAUGACAGCGAUGCAAACGUGCAGCAGUCCGCAGAGUUUGUUUCAAUGCAUCGACAGAGUCGAAGUGACUCAGAAAGCGAAGAGGAAUGGCAAUUGCGAAUGCAUUCCCGCCGAACAGCCUCGCGGUCACCGCAGUCUAGUGACAAGAAGAGGUCUGUUAGCUACACAACCACCACGACUACUAAGGCUAGCUACAGCAUUGGACAAGCUGGCGAAAGCGACAUUGAGAAUUAUGACGGCCGACCCAAGACCCCAACGAAUUCUAAGAGCGGAAGCGGCUCUGGCGCUAUUGGCGUGGCCAAGGUUCGAUCUUCGCCGCGGCGGAGCGCUGAUAGCAGAGCCGCACGAGAAGCUGGCGUACGAAAAACGAGCGGAAGAGUUGGGAGUAUGAAUGGGACAUUGAAGAGCUCUGGCUCUAAAUAA